AUGAGUGAAAUGGAAGCUGACAAACGAGAACUUUUCAUUGAAGGCAUAACAAAUGAGCAGCAAAAACGAGGGUGGUUGAAGACCCAAACAAAAAAUGUGGUUUUAUUGCAAGCUAUGGGAAGAGGUAUACUGGCGAGGAAAAGAUUUGCUAGUUCAGUGAGAAGAAAUUUUGAUCAUCUAUUCGGUGCUUUUGUAAAUAUGGAGAAAGAAAAAGAGCCAGCUGAUUGCAAGGAUGUGUUGCGGUUAGGUCGGCUACUCGUUCGGAUUUUUGAACAAUCAUGCGAUAACCAGCGGCUUUGUCAGUUGUGUCGUUGUAUGAUAUUAAGCAUGUCGUCAUAUAAUGUUCAUAAAUCAUUUGCUUCUCUUUUGUUAUCCAAAAACCAUCUUCAAGCAGCGAAUCGCUUCAUUAUCUCUGUAUACUCAUUGAUCGCUUUGGUCACUGAAAAACUUCAGGUUGAAAAGAUAUCAGAUGGAAAAGCAAUAUCAUUGUUUAUCCAUUUUUUAAUCACAUUUUCAAGCGCUAAUAGUUGGGCUUUUGUGCAGAAUAAUGCCGAAAUUUGCUGCGUUUUAAAUCAGUUAGGUAAUAAAGCUCUCAAUGCAACAAUUGGUGAAGAGUUACGAUACAUUCAAUUUUCGAAUAUUGAUUUGCUGGUGGAGAAUAAAAUGUUUGAGAAGGCCAUAACUGUUCUAACGACGAAUCUAGAUCUGCCGAAUAAUUUGGGUGGUAAUAGAAGCUUAUUUUUACUUGCCAAUCUAAUCCAUUUGAGCUAUCUUGAUCAGCACAGCUUAGUGGAAUAUUUGAUUGAUUGGACAGAUGUGAUGAAUAAAAUGUUGACAAGAUGUGAUCGGCUUGUUGCAAAGAAGAAAAGCAGUCGUAGCCACUGGCAUCCUAUCUUUGGAUGGUAUUCGGAGCCACUGGACCGAAGCACGGAAGGUUCUGUGCCUCUUGUUGUACGUCAGCUGCAGUAUUUGUGGUCAAAACCAAUAGUAGCGUGCUUAUUUGGUCAAGUAUUACAUUGCGAUCCGGAAAAGCAGUCAUAUCGUACAUCCCAAUCAUCAGCUGUCGUACAAAAUGAUCUUGCGACAUCAAUUCAAAAACUUUGGAAAAAAUUGAAUAUAAUUCGUGCAGAAACGCAAGAAAAUGAGAUCUCCCAAAAACUGCCGACGUUAUCAAUGACUGCAGUUGUAUGCCAGCUUUAUCAAAAUGCUUUACUUACAUUAAAUUCACUGCAUACCGAUAUAUUGUCUGGUUUGUGCCGAGAAGACUUCCUUCUUCCACUUUUAUGGGAACAUAUUGUUAACUUAUCGCCGACUGACAAUGGAUUAUCUCAUAUAAUUGCACUGGUCACUUCGCAUUCAUCAAAAAUUACUCAUCUUGCCCCAAUUAUCCUAUUUGCUAAUUGUGCUACUUCGGUCAUUUCAAUCCUUGACGAAGAAGAAAUGUAUGAGCGGGGCGGUCCAUUCACUCUUGACCAAUUAUGUGCUAUUGCCAAAUUUUGCAAUUUGUUUUGUUUCCGUGUGAUUUGGAACUCGUAUCUUGACCUGCAGCAGAUUUCAUCUUGUCCAUUAUUUACAUCCAUUUAUCAGCUCUGUAUGUUGUUGUAUAAUCGUGAUUGCCGAAGAGCUUUCUCAAAGGAUCAUAAAUUCUGGAUUGCGCCGGAUGUCAAAAGUUCAGUCAUAAUGAAUGAAUUCGAAAAGAAAACUGAACGUGCUCUUUUUCUGAUGUCUCAUAUGAGCCAUGUAGUUGCCUUGUAUGAUCGAAUAGUUUUGUUCAGGAAGUAUGUUGCAUCAGAAAAAGAAAGUAUGGAAGGCACUCCAAGUACGAUGAUAACAGUAGGGAGAAACAGACUACUUGAUGACGGUUAUCGUCAGUUAUCAUUGUUGUCACCUACUGCUCUAAAAGCAACCAUUCGUGUAAAGUUCAUCAAUCAGCAGGGAUUAGAUGAAGCGGGCAUUGAUCAGGAUGGAGUAUUUAAAGAAUUUCUGGAACUAACACUGAAACAUGUUUUCAAUCCUGAUCUCAAUCUUUUCAAGUGUUCACAAAAUGGGCAACUUUUUCCCUCACCAACAUCAGAUUUGCAUGAGAACCAUCUGGCCCUUUUCCAGUUUGUUGGUCGUAUGUUAGCCAAAGCUGUCUAUGAGUGUAAAUCUUGUAAAAAUGUUGUAUUUGAGGGUAUCGUUACUGAAGUGCAUUUUGCACCCGUAUUGUUAGCAACUGUACUGGGUCGUAAAUUGUGUGCAUUUGAUGAGUUGUCACAGCUGGAUCCGGAUCUUUACAAAAGUCUUACUUAUGUGAAACAUUUUUCGGAUUCGGAUGUUGCUGAUUUGUCACUAACUUUCUCAAUUGAUGAAGAUAUACUGGGACAUGUACGGACCAUUGAUUUGGUUCCAGGAGGUCACGCAAUGCAUGUUACGGAUGAAAACAAGAUAGCUUAUGUGCACAAAAUGGCACAAUAUCGCGUUUUCAAUCAAACAAAAGAGCAAUGUCAUGCUUUUGUAUCAGGAUUUCUCUCAGUGUUGAAUGGCAGUUGGCUUUCAUUGUUUGCUCCUCACGAACUUCAGUAUCUGAUUUCAGGACAGUCGACUGAUAUUGACUUACACGAUCUUCGCAAGCACGUGCAAUAUUACGGAGGUUUUCACAAUAAUCAUCGAGUUAUUAAAUGGCUUUGGCAAGUAUUGGAAAAUGAUUUUACUGCUGAAGAGCGUCGUCUGUUUUUGAAAUUCGUGACAAGCUGUUCUCGAGCACCGCUUCUGGGUUUUGCGUAUCUCGAGCCUCCUUUUUCCAUUCGUUGUGUUGAAGUAUCUGAUGACCAGGAUCAAGGAGACACUUUAGCAAGUGUUGUACGCGGCUUUUUGGCUAUUAAGCGACGUCAGUCACCUUCACGACUACCCACAGCCUCUACCUGUUUUAACCUCCUGAAAUUGCCAAAUUAUGGCAAAAAGUCAGUUCUGUUGCAGAAAUUGAGAUAUGCUGUGCAUUCGGAAACUGGCUUUGAACUUAGUUAA